GCAGCACAGCCAACCCUGUGUUUGCACGGGAGAAGAGUUAAGAGAGAAGAGGUGUGAACUGAAUACUCUGCAUAUUUGGGAGCUUAGUAGGCGGACCAUGCUGUGGAUGGCGUUCUUCUGCCUCCUUCUGGCAUCUGCAUCCAUGGGGGCCCCCCUGAGGGGGCACCGGAGGCCCUGGACCAAACUACUGCUUAUCUCUUUUGAUGGAUUCCGCUGGGACUAUGAUCGAGACGUGGAUACCCCUAACCUGGAUGCCAUGGCGAGGGAUGGGGUGAAGGCCAUGUACGUUACCCCAGCCUUCAUCACCAUCACCAGCCCCACCCAUUUCACUUUGCUCACAGGGCGAUACAUUGAGAACCACGGAGUUAUCCACAAUAUGUGGUUCAACACCACCACCCAGGAAAAGAAGCCAUACUACAUGACACAGUUUGUCAAUGAGUGGUGGGACAAUGGCAGUCUGCCUAUCUGGAUCACAGCCCAGAGACAGGGUCUGAAGGCUGGAUCCCUUCACUUCCCUGGCACAGCAUCCAGCUACCAGGGUGAGAGAGCACUCGUGAGCGAGGUGGAGCCCCGCUUCUACAAUUACUCCAACGAGACAGCUUGGCGGGAGAACGUGGACAAGGUGAUGGGCUUGUGGUUUGGAGGCCAAGACCUGGACUUUGUAUCUAUGUACUUUGGGGAGCCUGACAGCACGGGCCACAGGUUCGGCCCAGACUCACCUGAGCGCCGGGCCAUGGUGCAGCAGGUGGACCGCACAGUGGGCUACAUUCGCGACUCCGCCCGCCGACACGGCCUCGAAGACCGCCUGGACAUCAUCAUCACUGCCGACCACGGCAUGAGGACCGUGCUCCGUGGCAGGCUGGUUGAGGAGAUCAUCCUGUCUAAAAUCCCUGGCUUCUCCUUCAGUGACCUCUCCUUCCACCUGGUGGACUUCGGGCCCACGGGAAUGCUGCUCCCCAAGGAGGGCAUGCUGGACAAGGUCUACAACGCUCUGAAGGGGGCACACCCCCACCUGCACGUCUACAGGAAGGAGGACAUGCCCGGCCGGUUGCACUACUCCAACAACCCCCGAAUCUUGCCCCUCCUCCUUUACGCUGACCCUGGAUAUGUCAUAAACGGGUAUCUCCCUGUGCAGUUCAACAAGGGAGAGCACGGGUUUGACAACGAGGACAUGGACAUGAAGCCCUUCUUCAGGGCAGUGGGGCCCUCUUUCCACCGGAGCAUGGUGGUGGGGCCCUUCGAGACGGUGAACAUCUACCCGCUCAUGUGUCAUCUGCUGGGCAUCAAGCCUGAACCCAACGACGGGCACCUGGAUGCCACCCGCCAUAUGCUGGCCACCUCUGGCUCUGAGCAGAAUAUUAUGUCGAAGGUUUUCAUCGGUCUGGCCGCAGUCGCUGGGUUUCUGGCCGUGGUGUUCGUGGCGGUGACGUCUCACGCCGCAUAUCAACGGAGGAAAGACCAUAGAAGCUCUCAGAGUACAGUACAUGCUUCAGAAAAAGAAGAGACACAAACCCCUAUGUGAAAAACAGUGA